AUGGACCAGAUCAAGAAGCGCAUGGAGGCCCUCCGCGUCGAGGCCGACGAGAGCGGAGCCCGCGCCGAGGAGUACAAGGCCAAGGUCAAGCAGCUCGAGGGCGAGACGACACAGAAGGAGCAGGAGAUCACGUCGCUCUCGCACAAGAACUCGGUGCUCGAGGGCGAGGUCGAGAAGCUCGAAGCGCAAGUCAAGCAGUUCAAGGACGAGGCCGGUGCAGGCGCUCAGGCCGGCACCCAGGCCGAGAGCCUGCAGCGCAAGAUCCAAGUGCUUGAGGAAGAGGCUGAGGAGUCUGACAGGACCAUCCGCGAGCUCAACGAGAAGCUCCGCCAGACCGACGUCAAGUCCGGCCACUACGAACGCAAAGUCCAGGCUCUCGAGCAGUCCCGCGACCAGUGGGAGUCCAAGUACGAGGAGAUGGCCAAGAAGUUCGAGGACACCAAGAAGGAGCUGGACGACUUUGUCAAGGACAUUGGCAACAUCUGA